AUGACUUCCGAGGUUCAAAUCAACCCCACCAAACUAUCGAUCCUUUCCAUAAAUCGAUCCAGGUACUGGAUCUUCAAGAGUGCCAUUCUCGAAUUCUUGUACGCUGAAGUGGAUAAGGCUGGAGGUAACGAAUUCGAGGGCUCUGGUAGUGAAAGUGAUGAGGAUGAAGAUGAGCUUGAAGAUCGACUCAGCUUUCUUAAUCUCACAUCAAAACCUCAACGGAACAGCCUCUACGACCUGUCAUCAUCGUCAGCAUCAUUCUCCACGCCAAGGAGAGGAAAGAAACACGGGUCGGUGUCGUCGAUGUCGAGUUUUAACUUGGAGACCAAAGAAAUCGAUAACUCCAGCAAGAGACAUUCGGUGACCAACACCAACCCAGCACCGACAGCGUCCAACACGGCCCGGUCUGACUCCAAUGAGUCAGACAGUGAAGGCCCGGAGGCGCCCAACUACUUUUUUCACAUAGCAUUUACACCCAUCGAGUGCACCAUUAUCUGUGCAACGACAGUGAUGCACAGACUUUUCAAGGAACCAUUAAAGGCGUGUCAGGAAUUGAACUACAACGAUGUGACAUUGGUGGAGCAGCAGUUUGUGAACUUGCAAAUUGAUAGCGGCGGUGGUAGUGACAAUAACUAUCGGAUUUUGCAGUUGACCAAACCGUUGUCUGAGAACAAUAUCUCUCUCUUUUUUCUCUCGAGUCACUUCAGUGACAUCGUGUUGAUCCCCCACCACUUGGAAGAUAAGGUGGUUAGCAUCUUGACCCAAAGUAACUUUGAGUUCAACGACUUGAGUGGCAGCUAUAUCAUCAACAAUAACUUCAAUCCCAUUGUGGCUCCUUCUCAUGAUGAGAGCUCUAAGGGUCUUGAAGACCGUGUGUUCAAGCUCUUCAAAGACUCGAACAUCAAGCCGUGUAUAGACAAAAAUGUCCUGUUGUUGCUCACAGGUUCUAGGUCCAAUGAUGUUGCUGCCACCAUCCUCAAGGCUGCUGCAAAUUUGGCUGCAAAUAACAUUCCCGAUUAUUUUGCAAUUACUCGAACUUCACAAAAUGAAGUGUCGUUGAUUCUCCCCAGGUCCUCCAAAAAACGGUCGAAAAUGGGGUUCCAGUCGAGGUUUUUAAUAGGUUCGACUCAAGACAUUAUCAAUCCCGUAACUAUAGACUUACAGAAACUCCCAUUGGAUUCUACUGGUAUUGUGGCAGGGGUGGCCAGCAAAAUCUUCACCGGUAUCAAUAGUUUACCGGGGUCAGACUAUCCUUUCGAAUUAAACUUCUUGUCCAUGGCCCGUUCGGCCAUCUUAAUGAUCCCCAAAGAGAACGUUGAGCUUGUGAACGAGAUUUUAAGCAGUAUUGAUUACGACAAUUUAUGA